AUGAGGCAAGCUACAAGAUCGCAGACUCCCAGCUUACUUCACCACGAACAGCUAGUAAAUAAGUUCGCAUCAAGGACAGGAGCCUACGAGGGAAGAGUAAGAGUGACCGAAUGGCCACCGUCUGAGGAUGCCGAAGACCUUGAGAGUACCUACAACAAAGAUCAGCGUUCGUUUGCCGAAAAGAUCUAUGAGACCAUCCAUGCGACUUACAUGAAAGCGCCAGAGAAACUGUUCCAACUCGGAUUCGCAUUCAUCUUCUGCAAAGAGGGAGAAAAAGAGUACCAGGUGCCAGUCUUCCGACUUCUCUGGGAAAAAACGUUCACGGGCUUCUCCACACGGAUCAUUGACACAGCAUGUCGCGUGUACAAAAGUGCUCAGGAUUGGAAAAACAACAAUUGUCUACCAAUGGUGAAGUAUUGUUAUCCGAAAGACCUCUACUACACGUGCAACUCUGACGACACGUAUGCAUUUGAUCCGCAGAAGCGGGUUAUCGUGGAGUUCGGGACUUCCCCUGCAUGUGACACAAUGUCUCGUCUGGGCAGAAUAUGUGACGUGGUGAUAACUAGUAUUGGUAUGACAGUAGGAGUGGCAGCACUUUUCACACCGGCUGGAUUUAUCUCCGCCCCAAUUCUGUUGGGUGUCGGUGGGACUAGUGCCGGCUACGGAUUUGGCCGUGCAGCACACCGUUUAUUUGACAAAACAAAUCACGGAGAGAGCAUAACUGAUCGCGAAGGCAUACUGCUCAUGCUAUCAAUAGCUGCUGCACCUUUGCAUAUGUUGGGUUUGUUCGCGUCGGCACGCCUCGCCGCUGGGGCUGCAUCGGGCCGAAUUUUCUCGCAGAGUGAGCGGAUUCUCGCCACAGUGCUCAUGCUGACGACAGUCGGCGUUGAUGGCUUCUCAUUUAUUAUCAAUGUGGCGAAUAUCAUCGACAAGGGGCGCAAUGAAAGCCUCACGACACUCGACGUAUUACAGUUUUCCUCGUAUCUCGAACAAAACAAGGGGGAUGGCUCAAUCAAGGCUACGUCCAAAAUUGUGAGGAACUUGAAUCGAAUGGAGGAUCCAGGCACAUUUUUCAAGUCCGUCGAAAAUAUGGAGUCCGUGAAAAUAGCAGGGAGAAAAGGCAAGACGGUCUUCGUGACAGAAAAAAAUGGAACAACGCAUCAGGUCAAUCCCAACAAUCGGCCCUUCUUCUCUUCAAAGCAACAACGUGGGAUCCCUAAGAUAUUUAAGCCGAACCGAUUGCGGAAAUGCCUCGGAGGCGACUACGAGACACACGAAUAUCUACGGAAUCCAACAAGUCAACAGAUCGGCCGCAUGAAUAAGGUGUUCGGCGGUGCGGCCGGCUACAGUAGGGAAAUCGUCGCAUAUGCAGAGCAAUUAGCUAAGCAGAUGGGUGUGAAUGAUCCUGACCAGUUUAUGUCUCUCGUAGAAGUUGUUGCCGCCAAAGCAAAAAGUAAGUUUCUCCUCGAAUUGCAAUCACCUCAGUGA